UAGGAGACUCGGAAUCCUGGCUCAAGGUGACGUUAGAAGCAGAAGCAGCAUCCUAGCUCAAGAUGACGAUAGGAAAAGCAUCCUGGCUCAAGGUGACGUUAGGAGACUCGGAAUCCUGGCUCAAGGUGACGUUAGGAGCAGCAUCCUGGCUCAAGGUGACGUUAGGAGACUCGGAAUCCUGGCUCAAGGUGACGUUAGGAGCAGCAUCCUGGCUCAAGGUGACGUUAGGAGACUCGGAAUCCUGGCUCAAGGUGACGUUAGGAGCAGCAUCCUGGCUCAAGGUGACGUUAGGAGCAGCAUCCUGGCUCAAGGUGACGUUAGGAGCAGCAUCCUGGCUCAAGGUGACGUUAGGAGCAGCAUCCUGGCUCAAGGUGACGUUAGGAGCAGCAUCCUGGCUCAAGGUGACGUUAGGAGACUCGGAAUCCUGGCUCAAGGUGACGUUAGGAGAAGCAUCCUGGCUCAAGGUGACGUUAGGAGACUCGGAAUCCUGGCUCAAGGUGACGUUAGGAGACUCGGAAUCCUGGCUCAAGGUGACGUUAGGAGACUCGGAAUCCUGGCUCAAGGUGACGUUAGGAGACUCGGAAUCCUGGCUCAAGGUGACGUUAGGAGACUCGGAAUCCUGGCUCAAGGUGACGUUAGGAGCAGCAUCCUGGCUCAAGGUGACGUUAGGAGCAGCAUCCUGGCUCAAGGUGACGUUAGGAGCAGCAUCCUGGCUCAAGGUGACGUUAGGAGACUCGGAAUCCUGGCUCAAGGUGACGUUAGGAGCAGCAUCCUGGCUCAAGGUGACGUUAGGAGCAGCAUCCUGGCUCAAGGUGACGUUAGGAGCAGCAUCCUGGCUCAAGGUGACGUUAGGAGCAGCAUCCUGGCUCAAGGUGACGUUAGGAGCAGCAUCCUGGCUCAAGGUGACGUUAGGAGCAGCAUCCUGGCUCAAGGUGACGUUAGGGGACUCGGAAUCCUGGCUCAAGGUGACGUUAGGAGCAGCAUCCUGGCUCAAGGUGACGUUAGGAAAAGCAUCCUGGCUCAAGGUGACGUUAGGAGACUCGGAAUCCUGGCUCAAGGUGACGUUAGGAGACUCGGAAUCCUGGCUCAAGGUGACGUUAGGAGACUCGGAAUCCUGGCUCAAGGUGACGUUAGGAGACUCGGAAUCCUGGCUCAAGGUGACGUUAGGAAAAGCAUCCUGGCUCAAGGUGACGUUAGGAGACUCGGAAUCCUGGCUCAAGGUGACGUUAGGAGACUCGGAAUCCUGGCUCAAGGUGACGUUAGGAGCAGCAUCCUGGCUCAAGGUGACGUUAGGAGACUCGGAAUCCUGGCUCAAGGUGACGUUAGGAGCAGCAUCCUGGCUCAAGGUGACGUUAGGAGCAGCAUCCUGGCUCAAGGUGACGUUAGGAGCAGCAUCCUGGCUCAAGGUGACGUUAGGAGCAGCAUCCUGGCUCAAGGUGACGUUAGGAGCAGCAUCCUGGCUCAAGGUGACGUUAGGAGCAGCAUCCUGGCUCAAGGUGACGUUAGGAGCAGCAUCCUGGCUCAAGGUGACGUUAGGGGACUCGGAAUCCUGGCUCAAGGUGACGUUAGGAGCAGCAUCCUGGCUCAAGGUGACGUUAGGAGCAGCAUCCUGGCUCAAGGUGACGUUAGGAGACUCGGCAUCCUGGCUCAAGGUGACGUUAGGAAAAGCAUCCUGGCUCAAGGUGACGUUAGGAGACUCGGAAUCCUGGCUCAAGGUGACGUUAGGAGACUCGGAAUCCUGGCUCAAGGUGACGUUAGGGGACUCGGAAUCCUGGCUCAAGGUGACGUUAGGGGACUCGGAAUCCUGGCUCAAGGUGACGUUAGGAGCAGCAUCCUGGCUCAAGGUGACGUUAGGAGACUCGGAAUCCUGGCUCAAGGUGACGUUAGGAGACUCGGAAUCCUGGCUCAAGGUGACGUUAGGGGACUCGGAAUCCUGGCUCAAGGUGACGUUAGGGGACUCGGAAUCCUGGCUCAAGGUGACGUUAGGAGCAGCAUCCUGGCUCAAGGUGACGUUAGGAGACUCGGAAUCCUGGCUCAAGGUGACGUUAGGAGACUCGGAAUCCUGGCUCAAGGUGACGUUAGGAGCCUCGGAAUCCUGGCUCAAGGUGACGUUAGGAGACUCGGAAUCCUGGCUCAAGGUGACGUUAGGAGACUCGGAAUCCUGGCUCAAGGUGACGUUAGGAGACUCGGAAUCCUGGCUCAAGGUGACGUUAGGAGCAGCAUCCUGGCUCAAGGUGACGUUAGGAGACGCAUCCUGGCUCAAGGUGACGUUAGGAGACGCAUCCUGGCUCAAGGUGACGUUAGGAGACUCAUCCUGGCUCAAGGUGACGUUAGGAGACUCGGCAUCCUGGCUCAAGGUGACGUUAGGAGACUCGGCAUCCUGGCUCAAGGUGACGUUAGGGGACUCGGCAUCCUGGCUCAAGGUGACGUUAGGGGACUCGGAAUCCUGGCUCAAGGUGACGUUAGGAAAAGCAUCCUGGCUCAAGGUGACGUUAGGAAAAGCAUCCUGGCUCAAGGUGACGUUAGGAAAAGCAUCCUGGCUCAAGGUGACGUUAGGAGACUCGGAAUCCUGGCUCAAGGUGACGUUAGGAGACUCGGAAUCCUGGCUCAAGGUGACGUUAGGAGACUCGGAAUCCUGGCUCAAGGUGACGUUAGGAGACUCGGAAUCCUGGCUCAAGGUGACGUUAGGAGACGCAUCCUGGCUCAAGGUGACGUUAGGAAAAGCAUCCUGGCUCAAGGUGACGUUAGGAGACUCGGAAUCCUGGCUCAAGGUGACGUUAGGAGCAGCAUCCUGGCUCAAGGUGACGUUAGGAGCAGCAUCCUGGCUCAAGGUGACGUUAGGAGACUCGGAAUCCUGGCUCAAGGUGACGUUAGGAGACUCGGAAUCCUGGCUCAAGGUGACGUUAGGAGACUCGGAAUCCUGGCUCAAGGUGACGUUAGGAGACUCGGAAUCCUGGCUCAAGGUGACGUUAGGAGCAGCAUCCUGGCUCAAGGUGACGUUAGGAGACUCGGAAUCCUGGCUCAAGGUGACGUUAGGAACAGCAUCCUGGCUCAAGGUGACGUUAGGAGCAGCAUCCUGGCUCAAGGUGACGUUAGGAAAAGCAUCCUGGCUCAAUGUGACGUUAGGAAAAGCAUCCUGGCUCAACGUGACGUUAGGAGCCUCGGAAUCCUGGCUCAAGGUGACGUUAGGAGCCUCGGAAUCCUGGCUCAAGGUGACGUUAGGAAAAGCAUCCUGGCUCAAGGUGACGUUAGGAGACUCGGAAUCCUGGCUCAAGGUGACGUUAGGAGCAGCAUCCUGGCUCAAGGUGACGUUAGGAGACUCGGAAUCCUGGCUCAAGGUGACGUUAGGAGACUCGGAAUCCUGGCUCAAGGUGUCGUUAGGAGACUCGGAAUCCUGGCUCAAGGUGACGUUAGGAGACUCGGAAUCCUGGCUCAAGGUGACGUUAGGAGACUCGGAAUCCUGGCUCAAGGUGACGUUAGGAGACUCGGAAUCCUGGCUCAAGGUGACGUUAGGAGACUCGGAAUCCUGGCUCAAGGUGACGUUAGGAGACUCGGAAUCCUGGCUCAAGGUGACGUUAGGAGACUCGGCAUCCGGGCUCAAGGUGACGUUAGGAGACUCGGCAUCCGGGCUCAAGGUGACGUUAGGAGACUCGGCAUCCGGGCUCAAGGUGACGUUAGGAGACUCGGCAUCCGGGCUCAAGGUGACGUUAGGAGACUCGGCAUCCGGGCUCAAGGUGACGUUAGGAGACUCGGCAUCCUGGCUCAAGGUGACGUUAGGAGACUCGGCAUCCUGGCUCAAGGUGACGUUAGGAGACUCGGCAUCCUGGCUCAAGGUGACGUUAGGAGACUCGGCAUCCUGGCUCAAGGUGACGUUAGGAGACUCGGCAUCCUGGCUCAAGGUGACGUUAGGAGCAGCAUCCUGGCUCAAGGUGACGUUAGGAGCAGCAUCCUGGCUCAAGGUGACGUUAGGAGCAGCAUCCUGGCUCAAGGUGACUCGCAGGGGGACAGAAAUAGAUGCACCAACCAAGUUACUGUGGCCAUUCAGUGGAUUGUCUGUUCUGCUCCUGCCACUGCAGGGCUUCAGCCUGGUAAGAGCUCGGAUCACUGCAUGUCAGGUGCUGCUGGAACAGCUCUCUUUUGAAUAUUAA